UCCGCUCGUAAAGGGGGCGUGUGGGACUGGCACUGACUCAGACUCCCUCCCUUAUUUGCAUCAGUCAGUGGAAGAAGCGGAGAGCGGAGGCGCACGGAGGAGCACGGACCGAGACAGAGAAAGUUAUUUUAGGAGAUUAUUUUACUGUUAUUUUUUUAUAGGCAUUCUGUCGCUGCGGAGACUUUUGGGAACUGACCGCUGCCUCCCCUCACGCUGGCCAGGACAGUGAGCUGAAUGAAUCAGCGCGGGGUGAGGACUUGACUGCGCGCCGAGCGGAAGAGCCGCUCUCCGGGCAGCGGCUUUGCGCAGAGCUGCCCCGGACUCUGCGGGCGGUUCGAACUUGGGGAGGGAAUAAGUUGGGUUUUCUUUCAGAAGAAAGGAAACCGGAGGAAACCCUGUCGGAUCGUGCACUUUGCUCUGUUUUGUUGUUUUUUGGAAGCGAAAAGACAGGAGGGCUGGAUGCCUGCCGGUCCGCGAACCAUCAAGACGCAGCUAAGGAUUAUAUCCAUCAUUCAACGGAGUAAGGACGCAAGGUGGAGGGGCGGAGGAAUCGCAUCUUUCGGCGUCUCCGAGGUGGAAAUGGCAAGGCGGGCGCUGGAGAGAGAACAGCAGCCCGCGCAGGAGAGGAGACGGAGCAGGAGCUGAGUGACAGGAUGCCCGCGACUUGACCGCUGAGCACACCGAUUCAGCCUUUUUUUUUAUUAUUUUGCUGCAAAAGUACAUUUCUGUUUUGUUUUGUUGAACUAUAAAGAAGAGACAUUCAAAUACCAAAAAAAACAAACAAAAAAAAGCUUUUGGGGGAUUUUAAAAAAACAUCAUCAUUACUAUUUCUUUCCUGGAGUGCUUUUUUCUGUUUUUUGAAUUUCGGAGGAGACAAAACAAGGAUGCAUUGUGGAUUAGUUUUUGUCCUGUUCAUGGGAUUCCUCCUGGUGCUCGAGGCUUUUAAAAACGAUAAAUGCGGUGGCAACAUCAGAAUCUCCAGCCCCAGCUACCUCACGUCGCCCGGAUACCCCAUCUCCUACCCGCCCACUCAGAGGUGCGUGUGGGUCAUCUCGGCGCCGGGUCCUCACCAGCGGAUCCUUAUCAACUUCAACCCGCAUUUUGAUCUGGAGGACCGAGAGUGCAAGUAUGACUACGUGGAGGUACGAGAUGGAGUGGAUGAGAAUGGUCAGCUGGUGGGGAAGUACUGUGGGAAGAUUGCCCCCUCAGCAGUCGUCUCCUCCGGAAACCAGCUCUUUAUCAAGUUUGUGUCGGACUACGAGACGCAUGGAGCAGGUUUCUCCAUCCGAUAUGAGAUCUUUAAGACAGGUCCCGAGUGCUCCAAGAACUUCACCUCCAAUAGCGGUGUCAUAAAGUCGCCUGGGUUCCCAGAGAAAUACCCCAACAACCUGGACUGCACCUUCAUGAUCUUUGCCCCAAAGAUGUCAGAAAUUAUUUUGGAGUUUGAAAGCUUCGAGCUGGAACCUGACACAACACCUCCUACUGGAGUAUUUUGCCGCUAUGACCGGUUGGAGAUCUGGGAUGGUUUUCCCGGAGUCGGGCCUUACAUCGGAAGGUACUGUGGUCAGAACACCCCAGGCAGGAUCAUCUCCUACACAGGCAUCUUGGCUCUGACAAUCAACACUGACAGCGCCAUCGCUAAAGAAGGCUUUUCUGCCAACUUCACUGUCCACGACCGGACCGUACCAGAGGACUUUGACUGCAGCGAUCCUUUGGGAAUGGAGUCGGGAGAGAUAACAUCAGACCAAAUCAUGGCUUCAUCCCAGUACAACCCCAGCUGGUCCCCAGAGCGCUCCAGACUCAACUACUACGAAAAUGCAUGGACGCCAGCAGAGGACUCAAACAAGGAGUGGAUUCAGGUGGACCUUGGCUUUUUGCGCUUUGUCUCUGCUAUCGGUACACAGGGUGCCAUUUCCCAGGAGACUCACAGGACAUACUUUGUCAAGUCCUACAAAGUAGACGUCAGCUCAAAUGGAGAGGACUGGAUCACAUUGAAAGAAGGCUCCAAACAGAAGAUUUUCCAAGGCAACACCAACCCGACGGACGUUGCCAAGACAAAUCUGCCCAAACCCACGCUGACGCGCUUCGUCCGCCUUCGUCCAGUCACCUGGGAAACGGGCAUUGCACUGCGCUUUGAGGUGUACGGUUGCAAGAUAUCAGAGUACCCCUGCUCUGGCAUGCUAGGCAUGGUGUCAGGCCUGAUCACAGACAACCAGAUUUCUGCGUCCUCUCAUACAGACCGGAGCUGGGUGCCUGAGAAUGCCCGCCUUCUUACCAGCAGGACAGGGUGGACCCUCCUGCCCCAGCCUCAGCCCUUCACAAACGAAUGGCUGCAGGUGGAUCUCGGAGAAGAAAAGCUGGUGAAGGGUUUCAUCAUACAGGGAGGAAAAUACCGCGAGAACAAGGUCUUUAUGAAGAAAUUCCGUCUUGGGUACAGCAACAACGGCUCUGACUGGAGGAUGGCGUAUGACACCAGUGGAAACAAGCCAAAGAUAUUUGAAGGUAACAGCAAUUACGACACUCCUGAACUGAGGAGAGUGGAGCCCCUGCUGACCCGCUUCGUCAGAAUUUAUCCAGAGAGGGCCACUCCUGCUGGGAUGGGCCUGCGACUUGAACUCCUUGGCUGUGAGAUCGAAGCUCCAACACUCCCUCCAACCACUCCAGUCCCAAGCACCGCCCCAUCUGACGAGUGUGACGAUGACCAGGCGAGCUGCCACAGCGGCACAGGUGAUGACUACGACGUGACAGGUGGUACUAUCAUGCCAGAGACCACGACCCCAGAAGUGGACACCGUUCCAGGCUUUCUAUGGUUUGCCUGCGACUUCGGUUGGCCCAAUGAUCCCUCCUUCUGCAGCUGGACAUCAGAGAACACUGGCUCCAGGUGGCAGAUCCAGUCCAGCGGCACCCCAACUCUCAACACUGGCCCCAACAUGGACCACACAGGGGGAUCAGGGAAUUUUAUCUACACGUUAGCGACAGGUCUCCAAGAGAACGAGGUGGCUCGACUGGUCAGUCCCGUGGUCAGCUCUCAGAACUCUGACCUCUGCGUGUCCUUUUGGUACCACAUGUACGGGUCGCACAUUGGAGCACUGCAUAUCAAACAGCGUAAGCAGACUGAGGAGGGAGCUGCUGAUAUCCUGCUUUGGACGGUCAGUGGUCACCAAGGUAAUCGCUGGAGGGAAGGCCGCGUCCUUGUGCCACGCACCAGCCAACCUUAUCAGGUGCUGAUUGAGGGUCUUGUGCAGAGAAAGAGUUGGGGAGACAUCGCAGUGGAUGACAUUAAGGUUCUUGAUGGGCUAGGCGCGUCUGAUUGCGAAGAUCCUGAUGUGCCCACUGAGCCAAUGCUGCCUGAGGACAAUAUUAACGAAAUUUUUGAGGAAAUCACAGACUAUCCAGACCUGGUAGAAACUAACCAGAUCAGCGGCGCUGGCAACAUGCUGAAAACUCUCAAUCCAAUCCUCAUUACCAUCAUCGCCAUGUCAGCCCUGGGGGUUUUCCUCGGGGCCAUCUGUGGUGUGGUUUUGUACUGUGCUUGCUCGCAUGGCGGCAUGUCGGAGAGGAACUUGUCAGCCCUGGAGAACUAUAACUUUGAGUUGGUUGAUGGUGUCAAGCUAAAGAAGGACAAACUCAAUGUACAGAGCUCAUACUCAGAGGCGUGAGAUAUGUUUGGCUGCUUUCAUAUGACUAAAAGAUGUGCAGAGCUCUCAGAAAAAAAAAAAAAAAAAAACACCUCUUGGCAUAUUUUCUCAUAUGUCUGCCCCGUAGGGGGGGCUCAACAGGACUGCCAAACACUCUCUACUCACCAGAUGAGGGUCAGGUUCAGGAAACCAGUGGGAGGUUUGGGCUGAUCCACGCUUUUUUCUCAGGAGCUGCAGUAAAGAGAACCUAACAGUAGGGGACACUGUGUACAAAUAAAAAUACAGGAAAAAAAAAGUAUGUACAGAUAAUUUAGAUGAUAUUAUAAUUUUGUAUUUUGAUUUUCAUUAAUUUCUACAAUCGGAUGCUGGUGUUGAGACCAAUUUAUUAAUAAUGUUUAAAGUAUUUAUCAUUUUCUGGGGGAAAAAAAUGUGUGUUUUUUUUUUUUUGUAGAAUCAGUUUAUGCAGGCUGUUGUUUCUUUUCAUGCUUCAAAAGAGACGUAUCGAAAUCCUUAAAGAACCACAUCAGACAAAACUGUACAUUUGCCCCACAGGGUGGCAUAACGAGUGCAGUCCUGAUCCCUCUCCCUUUUAUUCCCGUACAGUGAAGCUCCCAUUCAUGUAUGGUUCUGACAGUGCCUUUAGUACCUUUUGGUUGGCCUUUUCUGUUGACCUGAGUUCUUUUCUUAAUUAUAUUAAGGUUAAGUUAUAAUGAAAGGAAACAGGGGCACAUUACCUUAUGAAUUCCUGCAAAACAGGACUAGAGUUUAUUGCAGCGCUCUUUGGUUUUUCUGUCAAAAAAAAAAAAAACAUUGUAAAUAAUUUUAAUAUAUUUUAUUGCCCUUUUUUAAAGAAAGUAAAAAGAAAAAAAAAGCUGCGGAAUCCCUUUUUUUCCCUCCAUAAGUGUGUGUGUGUGUGUGUGUGUGCGUGCGUGUGUGUGUGUGUGUGUAAAUACAAUCUUUUGACUGUUUUGUGCAAAGGUGUGAUGUCGAUCUGAGAUUCUGUUGCUCAGGCAAGCGAGAUUGUUUUUGUCUGUGCGUUCAAGCCAUCUUUCAUUCCAAAAACAAAAGAAAACAAACACACUCGAAGGAUGGAUGAAUAAAAGGGUAAAACACGCACAUGAGCAACAUUCUCCAUUACUAAUCUCUCAUGACUUCAGUGAAUUUCUUGUGUAAGUUGAACAGAAUUAAAUGGAAAAAUUAGACAUGUUUACAUCAAAAUAUAUAUAAUGUCGACCGGCAAACCAAAAGGAAAACCAUAAACCACUUUUUUUUAUUAUUUUACGUCCAACAUCACUGUGGAUGUUCACUGUAGAAGUGCUAUCUGAACAAUGCAGCUUGAAUGCACUUUGUUUUCUGGCUCCCACGUUGAUAGAGAGCUGAAAAAAGAGGAGUUUACCCACUAACUGAACGAUGGUGCUAUCAGCACUUUAGCAGGACAUCGAUGUGUUUCAUGACAAACCCAGUUUCCCACAUGCUAAAGUGUAGCUGAAAGGUCUACCUUGGGCCUGCAAGAGUUUAAUGUGUUUCACAUGUAGCAGCCAUAACGAUGAUGAUGUCAGAGCUGAUGUCAUUAAAAUGGGACAGCGGUGCACCGGGGGAUGGAGUGGCAUCACCUGAAUCAGGUUAUCUGACCUCCCUCUGUGGCUUUACCAAAGGCUUGUUGCCCCUCCCCAUACACAAACACACAAACACACACACACACACACCUCUUGACUGCAUGGGCUUCUCACCAACAGAGAGUACAACGACAACUCAGACAUCAUUAAAUGGUCACCCUUCGGGCCUGCCCCUUCGAAAGAAGAUCAAGAGGAGGGGACACACCUGGACACUUGUGGAAAAUUACAAAAUGUGACAAUGUGUUUUUCUAGCUCCUGGUAAGGUUAAACAAAAGUGCAAAUCCCACCCUGGGAACUUUUAAAACCUCAGUCGAGAGUCAUGUUUGUAGACGGACAGUUGAGACAAUCCCACCAUAACGCACUCAAAUUGGGAAAGGAUUUCUGAGUGGUGAGAUUUACAAGGACAUAAGGGCCUAUGAGCCCAAUGAAAGUCAUCGGUCUGCCUCACCGCAAUCGAUCCAAUCACGAACUUGAUUAUUUUUGUUUCUAAAGAAGGGUGACUUCUUUUAAAUCUGUGUGCUUUGUAUGUCGUGCCGUGGUGUACACACACUCUCAGCUUGUUCAUUUCAGAUUGGAUGACCCGCUCUCCUUAGCUUUCACUUCAGAGGACAGUAGCUGCAGCAAGCCAGACAAAAAGGAUACUGUAGCUUGGACUCGAAACAAUGUUGCACUGAGAAAUAUAUUUAAGAGGUUUAUGUGUUUAUAGUGUUCAUUUGCAGAAAAAAAGAACAUCAAAACAGAAAAAAACUUGUGCUCGUUUUUUUAUGAAUAAUUUCAGAUUAUAUGAAAUGGAUCUAAAAUGUAAAAAAAAAAUGACUGAGAUGUUUUCAUUAUUGAAAAGACAGAACAGAUUUUUAAAAAAGGAACAUCCCUCUCCUUACAUGUACAUGCCAUGUUAGCGUUCAUUUUGUACUGUCAUUCAGAUUUUGUGCAGAUUUUUUUCUGUUUUUUUACAAGAAAAACAAGACUUUUAUUUUCAAUACUGCUUCUGUAAUUUGCUGUUGUAGGAAAAAGUAAUAAACAGCAAAGGCCUUAAAAAGCA